UUCGAAACGGAAACGUUCAACUCAGUAGACUGCAAAACCCGUGUUGCGCGUAAGACUCGAAUUUAUACGAUCGAUCGGUGCUCGUUAAAGAUGUGUCCGCGAAUAUAUUCAAAUCUUAAGAUCGUGUUUACCGCAUACAUAUUGAUUUGUGUGCCUUUAAAAUUAGUCAUUUCUUCUACACGACCUAUUGAUCGCGAUGCACGCACACUCUACCUUAUAAAUAAUCCUCCUAAACCGAAUGGAGAUUUUUAUUACGAAUUCCAGACAACAAAUGGGAUUACAACGAAGACGGGUGGCAAUGAAAAUGGUUUCAGUGGUGUGGUUCAAUAUGUUUCAUUAGAGGGAAUUCCUAUAACUAUGACAUAUGUCGCUGAUGCAGAUGGCUACCAUCCAAUGGGCGAGCAUAUACCAGCUACACCGGAACAUGUACUAAAAUCUUUGAAUUACAUAGAAACGCACCCACAAGUGGAUGAGAAGAAAUCACGAAAGCUUUAGUUAGGUUUUCUUUUCAUCUUAGGUAUAAAUUGUACUUCCAAGAGGUAUAAUAUUUUUUUAAACUCUAAAUGGUGCAAAAAACUUGUGAGUGUUUGUUGAAAAAGUGUUAAAUAAUAUAUCUGAAAAUAUAUGAAGUGAUGAUGGAGACUGAUUACUGUUUUUUCAAAAAAAAAAAAAAUAACAGUCCAUUAGAGAAUUAGUUUAGACAAACCAAAUAAUUAUUGAGUAUGAAAAAAAUGCAUGCAAUAAUAUUAUAUAUAUGAAACGUUAGAUAGAACAAUGGGUGUCCAUGUUCUAUGAGAUCUAUUGUGCUUAGAAAUAUAUAUAAUAUUACAGGCUAAAAAUUUUAAGAUAUUAUAUAAUGCUGAAGUGAUAUUUUUUGAGAUUAUAUAUAUAAAAAUUUUGAAGGUUAUUACUUAAAAAAUUUAAUCACAGCUACAAAGCCUUGUAAAAAAGAGUGUUGAUCAU